AUGAGGCAGCACUCUGCAUUCGUAGAUGGGGAGAGCGGGAAGACCCAGGGCAGCACGGAGCCUGCUGUGAACAGUCGGAGGGUGGACGUCGCUCGGAGCAUGACCAUCAUCCCGCCCAUCACCGUCUUCCCCACCAUAAGCUCCCUGAACGCCGCGCACAACGGGCGGGUGUGCAGCACCUGGGGCGACUUCCACUAUAAGACCUUCGACGGGGACGUCUUCCGCUUCCCGGGCCUGUGCAACUACGUCCUCUCCAUGCACUGCGGGGCCGCCUACGAGGACUUCAACAUCCAGGUCCGCCGUGGCCUGGCCGGCUCCAGGCCUACCAUCACCCACAUCAUCCUCAAGACCCAAGGGCUGGUGCUGGAGGCCUCCAACGGCUCGAUCCUCAUCAACGGGCAGCGGGAGGAGCUGCCCUACAGCCGCGCUGGCGUCCUGGUAGAGGAGAGCAGUGUCUACAUCAAGGUUGACGUCCGGCUGGUGCUAACCUUCCUGUGGAACAGAGAGGAAGCUGCCCUGCUGGAGCUGGACCCCAAGUACGCCAACCAGACGUGUGGUCUGUGUGGGGACUUCAACGGACUCCGGGCCGUCAACGAGUUCUAUGCCCAUAACGCCAGGCUGACCCCUCUCCAGUUUGGAAAUCUCCAGAAGCUGGAUGGGCCCACAGAGCAAUGCCAGGACCCCCUACCUUCCCCUGCCAACAACUGCACGGAUAGGGAGGGCAUCUGCCACCGCACCCUGUUGGGCCCGGCCUUCUCGGAGUGCAACACGCUGGUGGACCCUGCCGUGUACGUGGCCGCCUGCACCCAGGAUCUGUGCCGCUGCCCGGACUGCCCGUGUGCCACCUUCGCCGAGUAUUCCCGCCAGUGUGCCCAUGCAGGGGGACAGCCCCAGAACUGGAGGGGCCCUGACCUCUGCCCCUGGACCUGCCCCCUCAACACACAGCAGCGGGAAUGCGGCUCGCCCUGCGCGGACACCUGCUCCAACCCGGAGCGCUCCCAGCUCUGCGAGGACCACUGUGUGGAUGGCUGCUUCUGCCCCCCAGGCACGGUGCUGGAUGACGUCACCCACACGGGCUGCCUGCCCCUAGAACAGUGUCCAUGCACCCACGGCGGCCACACCUACGCCCCGGGGGCCUCCUUCACCACCAGCUGCAGCUCCUGCACCUGCUCUGGGGGGCUGUGGCAAUGCCAGAACCUUCCGUGCCCUGGCACCUGCUCCGUCCAGGGCGGGUCCCACAUCUCCACCUACGAUGAGAGACUCUACGAUGUGCAUGGGGACUGCAGCUACGUCCUGUCCAAGAAAUGUGCAGGCAACGGCUUCACUGUGCUGGCCGAGCUGCGGAAAUGUGGCCUGACGGACAACGAGAACUGCCUCAAAAUGGUGACGCUCAGCGUGAACGGCGGGGACACGAUCAUCCAGAUCCAGGCCAGCGGCGGGGUAUUCAUGAACUCCGUGCACACGCGGCUGCCCGUGUCAGCAGCCAACAUCACCAUCUUCAGGCCUACGUCCUUCUUCGUCCUGGUGCACACGGGCCUCGGGCUGCAGCUGCAGGUUCAGCUGGUGCCCCUCAUGCAGGUGUUCCUCAGGCUGGACCCCUCCUAUCACGGACAGAUGUGCGGCCUGUGCGGGAACUUCAACCAGAACCAGGCCGAUGACUUCCGGACCCUCAGCGGCGUGGUGGAGGGCACAGCCGCCGCCUUCGCCAACACCUGGAAGACCCAGGCCGCCUGCCCCAACGUCAAGAACAGCUUCGAGGACCCCUGCUCCCUCAGCGUGGAGAACGAGAACUACGCCCAGCACUGGUGCUCCCUGCUGACCGACCCUGCCGGAGCCUUCUCGCCCUGUCACUCUGUCCUCAACCCUGCACCCUUCCACUCGCACUGCAUGUUCGACACGUGUAACUGUCAGAAGAGCGAGGACUGUCUGUGUGCGGCCCUGUCCUCCUACGUGCACGCCUGUGCCGCCAAGGGGGUGCUGCUCAGAGGCUGGAGGGACGGCGUGUGCGCCAAGUAUGUGAGCAGCUGCCCCAAGUCCCAGAACUACAGCUAUGUGGUGGCCGGCUGCCAGCCCACCUGCCGCGCUCUGAGCCAGGUCGACGUCACCUGCGGCGUCACCUUCGUGCCUGUGGACGGCUGCAUCUGCCCCUCGGGCACCUUCCUGGAUGACUCGGGUGCCUGCGUGUCCGCUGAGGCCUGUCCCUGCUACUUCCGUGGCUCUGCAGUGGCCCCGGGGGAGGUGGUGCAUGACGACAGCGUGGUGUGCUCGUGCGUGGGUGGGAAGCUGAGUUGCCUGGGAGCGGCGGAGCACAGGAGCUCAGGGUGCGGGGCCCCCAUGGUGUACCUGGACUGCCGCAACGUCUCCGCCGGCGCGCCCGGGGCCGAAUGUCUCAGGAGCUGCCACACGCUGGACGUGGACUGUUUCAGCACUCACUGCGUGUCCGGCUGCGUCUGUCCCCCGGGGCUGGUGUCGGACGGGAGCGGAGGCUGCGUGGCGGAGGAGGACUGUCCUUGUCUGCACAACGAGGCCACCUACAAGCCCGGGGAGACCAUCAGGGUCGACUGUAACACCUGCACUUGCAGGAGCCGCAGGUGGGAAUGCAGCAGCAAGGCCUGCCUGGGCACCUGCGUGGCCUACGGGGACGGCCACUUCAUCACCUUUGAUGGCGAGCGCUACAGCUUUGAAGGAAGUUGCGAGUACACGCUGGCGCAGAACUAUGAGCUGAUCCUGCGUGAGGGCACCCACAAGGUGGUGCAGAGGGGGCCGGGCGGAGACCUGCCGUACAAGGUCCGGUACACGGGCAUCUACCUGACUGUCGAGACCCGCAGCGGCAUGGUGGUGUCCUGGGACCGAAAGACCAGCGUGUUCAUCCGACUACAGCAGGGCUACAAGGGCCGGGUCUGCGGGCUGUGCGGGAACUUUGACGACAAUGCCGUCAAUGACUUCACCACGCGGAGCCAGUCCGUGGUGGGCAAUGCCUUGGAGUUUGGCAACAGCUGGAAAUUCUCCCCGUCCUGCGCCGACGCCCCGGCCCCCAGGGACGCCUGCGCCGCCAACCCGCACCGCAAGUCCUGGGCCCAGAAGCAGUGCAGUGUCCUCAACAGCGCCACCUUCGCCGCCUGCCAUUCUCAGGUCGACUCCACCAAGUAUUACGAGGCCUGCGUGGGCGACACGUGUGCCUGUGACUCCGGGGGCGACUGUGAGUGUCUCUGCACGGCCGUGGCCGCCUACGCCCAGGCCUGCCGCGACGUGGGCGUGUGCGUGUCCUGGCGGACCCCGGACAUCUGCCCCUUGUUCUGCGACUACUACAACCGCGAGGGCCAGUGCGAGUGGCACUACCAACCGUGCGGCGCACCCUGCAUGAGGACCUGCCGGAACCCGAGCGGCCGCUGCCUGACCGACCUGCCGGGCCUGGAAGGCUGCUACCCAAAGUGCCCGCCCAGCGAGCCGUUCUUCAACGAAGACCAGAUGAAGUGCGUGGCCCAGUGCGGCUGCUACGAUGAGGACGGGGACUACCACGACGUGGGCGCGAGGGUCCCCACGGCAGAGAACUGCCAGAGCUGUGAAUGCACGGCUGGCGGCCUCCGGUGCGCGCACAGCCUCGAAGCGUGCACCUGCACCUACGAGGGCAGGACCUACCAUUUCGAGGAUGUCAUCUACAACACGACCGACGGGCUCGGUGCCUGUUUGAUCGCCAUCUGUGGAAACAAUGGGACCAUCAUUCGGAGGGCUGUGGAAUGUCCCGGAACCCCGUCCACGACACCCUUCACCUUCACCACCACCGUGACACCCCUCUCCACAACAGGCUCGGUCCCCACCUCCUCCACCGUGUGUGUGCGAGAAGUGUGCUAUUGGUCAGGCUGGCAUGACAGCAGCCAUCCAGAGCCUGGCCUGCCAGGUGGAGACUUUGAGACGUUUGUGAACCUGAGGCAGAGGGGCCAUGAGGUCUGCCCAGCCCCAGUGGCCAUUGAGUGCCGGGCACAGAAAUUCCCCCACGUCCCGCUGCAGCUCCUGGGCCAGAAAGUGGAGUGUGACGUGGCCCGGGGGCUGACUUGCCUCAACAGUGAGCAGAGCCACCAGCUAUGCUAUAACUAUGAGCUGCAAGUCCUCUGCUGUGACCACGUGCCCUGUGGCACCUCCCCUGGUGCCACCACCCAGCAGCCACCGGUCAGCUCCCUGUCUGGCCCCACCUUCCAGUCCACGGGGGCCCCCACCGUCCAGUCCACGCGGGCCCCCACCGUCCAGUCCACGCGGGCCCCCACCGUCCAGUCCACGGGGGCCCCCACCGUCCUGUCCACGCGGGCCCCCACCGUCCAGUCCACGGGGGCCACAACCACGACAGGGACCCGGACACUAAGCUCCUCGGCCUCGGCCACCACCGCCUGUCAGCCCCGGUGUCGGUGGACGGAGUGGUUCGAUGAGGACUACCCCAAGUCCGAGGAGGCCGGGGGGGACGUUGAGUCCUAUGACAAGAUCAGGAGGGCAGGAGGGGCCGUGUGCGAGCAUCCGGAGGACAUCGAGUGCCAGGCCGAGAUCUUCCCCGGCACGAGCCCCGCAGAGCUGGGCCAGCACGUGCACUGCGACCCCAGCUUCGGCCUGGUGUGCAGGAACGAGGAGCAGGCGGGCCUGUUCAAGAUGUGCUACAACUACAGGAUCCGUGUGCUCUGCUGCAGCCGCGACCACUGCGCAGAGCCCACCGCCACCGCCGCCACCGCCGCCGGGCCGUGGACUCGGACGAGCCCGCAGGGGACCCCGUGGCACCCCUCGACGGGACACACCCUGGCGUCAGGGACGACGCCCACCCAUGUGGCUCCCACCGUCACAAGAGCAGCGGGCGCAACCGGCACCGGCACCAUCAGCCCACCGUCCACAGAGACGACCACGCCAACAACAAAGACGUCGCCGGGAACCCCGGGAACCGGGCCCACCACCGGCCAGGGCACGACCGGCUGUCAGCCCCAGUGCGAGUGGACAGACUGGUUUGACGUGGACUUCCCGACCUCAGGGGUGGAGGGCGGGGACAUGGAGACCUUCGACAACAUCAGGGCCGCCGGGGGCAAGCUGUGCCGGGAGCCCAAGGACGUACAGUGCCGGGCAGAGAGCUACCCCGAGGUCAGCAUCGACCAGAUCGGGCAGGUGAUCAGCUGCAGCCUGCAGACAGGGCUGGUCUGUAGGAACGCGGACCAGAAGGGCCAGUUCAACAUGUGCUUCAACUAUAACGUCCGGGCGCUCUGCUGCCAGCCCUCGCCCCACUGCCCCACCUCCGCGGCCCCGAGCACCAGCAGCACUGCCGCUGGGGCUGUGACGUCACCAGGACCAGGGGCCUCCACCAGAGCACCCCCGGUGCCCGCCACGCCCACCUCCUCCCCAUGCCCCCCAGCACCUCUCUGCGAGCUGUUGCUGAGCCCGGUCUUCGCAGAGUGCCACGGCCUCAUCCCGCCGGGCCCGUUCUUCAGCUCCUGCAUCAGUGAUGGCUGCCAAGCCGACCGCCAGGCGCCCUGCAAGAGCCUGGAGGCCUACGCAGCACUCUGCCGUGCCCAGGGCGUGUGCAGCAGCUGGCGCGACGCCACCGGCGGGCUGUGCAACUUCACCUGUCCGUCCGGCAAGGUGUACCAGCCGUGUGGCCCCGCACAGCCCGUGUCCUGCGACUCCAGGCGCCAGAGCGAGGUGGGCAAGGGGCUGGCGGAAGGCUGCUUCUGCCCGGAUGGACACACCCUCUUCAACACGCACACAAACGUCUGCGUGCGCGAGUGCGGCUGUGUGGGACCAGACGGGUUUCCCAAAUCUCCCGGGGAGCGGUGGGUCAGCAACUGCCAGGACUGCGUGUGUCACGAGGGCUCCCUGUCGGUGCGGUGCACGCCCGUGCUGUGCGAAGCCCGGGACCGGCCCCCGCAGUGCAGCCGGGCGGGCCUGGUGACUGUGACCAGGCCUGUGGCUGACAAGCCGUGCUGCCUGGAGACGCUGUGCGUCUGCAACACGACCACCUGCCCCCAGAGCCCACCCAGAUGUGUGCCGGGAGAGGAGCUGGUGGCCACCCAGGAGGAGGGCGACUGCUGCCCCACCUUCAGCUGCCGACCUAAGCUGUGCACCUACAAUGGCACCGCCUAUGGGAUCGGUGCAACCUUCCCAGCGGUCACUCCCUGCCACACAUGCACCUGCCUGUCCGUGGACACCCAGCACCCAACGGUGCAGUGUGAGGAGGACAGCUGCAGCACCACCUGCCCCCAGGGCUUCCGGUACCAGAAGGUGGACGGACAGUGCUGUGGGGAGUGCGUGCAGACAGCGUGUCUCACGCCGGACGGCCGGCUGGUCCAGCCCAACGAGACCUGGGUCAGCAGCCUCGUGGACAACUGCACGGAGUACCGCUGCGACGCCAAGAACGGGCUCCACGUGCUCACCCCGAGGCCGCUGCCCUGCCCGGACCCGUCCAGCUGCAAGGCCAUGCAGCGUCAGUGCACCUGCUGCCAGGAGACAAGGGUUCACGAGGAGGUGGUGACCAUGCAGUGUCCCGAUGGGACAACGGUCCAGCACACCUACACCCACGUGGACGAGUGCAGCUGUGCUGCGUCCUGCGUCCCUGCUCCCGAGGCUCCCGAGGACAGCACCCCCAUCUUCUCGAUCUAG